CCGAGUGGUGCGACGCGCUGCGAGCCGCGCUCCCGGCCGCAGCAUGGGCAACCGCGCGGGCCGCACCGACUUCGAGUGGGUCUACACCGACCAGCCGCACACGCAGCGCCGCAAAGAGAUGCUCGCCAAGUACCCGGCCAUCAAGGCCCUGAUGCGGCCGGACCCCCGGCUCAAGUGGACGGUGCUGGGGCUGGUGCUGCUGCAGCUGCUGGCCUGCCGCCUGGUGCGGGGCCUGGCGUGGCGCUGGCUGUUCUUCUGGGCCUACGCCUUCGGCGGCUGCGUGAACCACUCGCUGACGCUGGCCAUCCACGACCUGUCGCACAACGCGGCCUUCGGCUCGGGCCGCGCGGCGCACAACCGCUGGCUGGCCGUCUUCGCCAACCUGCCCGUGGGCGUGCCCUACGCCGCGUCCUUCAAGAAGUACCACGUGGACCACCACCGCUACCUGGGCGGCGACGGGCUGGACGUGGACGUGCCCACGCGCCUGGAGGGCUGGCUCUUCUGCACGCCGGCCCGCAAGCUGCUGUGGCUGGCGCUGCAGCCCUUCUUCUACUCGCUGCGGCCGCUGUGCGUGCACCCCAAGGCCGUGACCCGCAUGGAGGUGCUCAACGCCCUGGUGCAGCUGGCCGCCGACGCCGCCCUCUUCGCCCUGUGGGGGCUCAAGCCCGUGGUCUACCUGCUGGCCAGCUCCCUGCUGGGGCUCGGCCUGCACCCCAUCUCCGGCCACUUCGUGGCCGAGCACUACAUGUUCCUCAAGGGCCACGAGACCUACUCCUACUACGGGCCGCUCAACUGCAUCACCUUCAACGUGGGCUACCACGUGGAGCACCACGACUUCCCCAGCAUCCCGGGCUGCAACCUGCCCCUGGUGCGGAAGAUCGCCCCGGAGUACUACGACCACCUGCCGCAGCACCACUCGUGGGUGAAGGUGCUCUGGGAUUUUGUGUUCGAGGAUGCCCUGGGGCCCUACGCCCGGGUGAAGCGGGUGUGCAAGCUGGCUGAGGACCGUCUGUGAGAUGUGCUGGUGGCCGCCCCCCCCCCCGCCCCCUCGCUCCCCUG